UUCUUCUUCUUCCUCCCUCUCUGUGUUCCUCACUCUGGACGCCACGCAGAUGCCAGAAUCACUCGCCGGAGGAAGCGAUUGGGGCGGCGAUAUGUAUGGACAGGCGAAUUAUGAGUCGGAUUUCGCCUUCUUGGAGUCAAUUCGACUCCUGCUCGGUGACUUUGAGGCUGUUUCUGCUGAUUCGGAUACUUCUUCGGGUUCCGCUCCGGUUUACACUCGGAGCUCCAGCUUCAGCAGCUUGUACCCGUGUUUGACGGACACUUGGGGUGAGUUGCCGCUCAAGGAGGACGAUCCCGAAGACAUGGUGCUCUACGGCGUUCUCCGCGAUGCCGUCAACGUCGGGUGGGUUCCAUCUCUCGAUGUCGGGUCACCCGAAAGCAUUUCUUCUGGUUUCGCCCCGACUAUUACAGUAAAAUCGGAGCCCGAUCUUUUGCCGGUUUUGGAUUCCCCUGCGAGUCCUCCUGUGGUAAAGCAAGAGAAGGUGGUUGAGGCAGUCGUACCCGCCGCAGUUCCGUCGAAGGGCAAGCAUUACCGAGGAGUAAGACAACGACCAUGGGGGAAAUUCGCGGCGGAGAUCCGUGACCCGGCGAAGAACGGAGCUCGGGUCUGGCUCGGAACAUUCGAGACAGCCGAAGACGCAGCUCUAGCUUACGAUCGUGCCGCGUACAGGAUGCGAGGCUCACGCGCUCUGCUGAAUUUUCCACUGAGAGUGAAUUCAGGCGAACCCGACCCGAUUAGAGUGACAUCAAAGAGGUCAUCGCUGGAGAGAUCGUGGUCGCCGACGUCGUCGUUGUCGUCGGAGAGCGGGGCAUCGCCGAAGAGGAGGAAGAAGGUGGGGACAGUCUGAAAGGCAACAGGGCAAGUGGGAGGCCAAGUGGGAACGACGUCGUGCGGACGUGGAGGAGAGCUAUUGGUGAGCUAAUGCGUAAUGCUGACAAGGAAAGCAAAUUGGCUCUGAAAUGUCCUUUUUGGUGUUUGUAAUUAUGUGAGUAGAUGCGCGUGCCCCUCACUCUCCGGCACAUCGGAAUUUUGAACCCAAAAAAAAAAAGAAGACAGAAAGAGAAAAAUAAGUGAGUGAGAUGGGGUGGAUUUGGAUUUGUGAAUAGAACAAUUUAUUUGUUUGUUGAAUAUUAUAAUGAUAAUUAAGAGGAGUAUUUCAAUUUGAACU